ACCGCCGCGAGCUUCACUUCCUGUCAGCGCCGCAGUCGGUCGACAUGACGCACCAGUUCGCCGGCCUGUCCGAGGCCCAGAAGAAGGAACUCCACGAGACCGCCGCGCGCAUCGUCUCUCCGGGGAAGGGCAUCCUGGCCGCCGACGAGUCAGUGGGCAGCAUGGCCAAGCGUCUGGCCCAGGUGGGCGUGGAGAACACGGAGGAGAACCGCCGUCAGUUCCGUCAGAUCCUCUUCGGCGCCGACGAGCGCGUCAACGGCUGCAUCGGCGGCGUCAUCUUCUUCCACGAGACGCUCUACCAGCACUCGGACGGCGGGGUCAGCUUCGUCAAGAUGAUCCGGGACAGAGGCAUCCUGGUCGGCGUCAAGGUUGACAAGGGUGUCGUUCCUCUGGCGGGAACCUGCGGCGAAACCGCCACCCAGGGACUGGACGGCUUGUCAGAGCGCUGCGCCCAGUACAAAAAAGACGGCGCCUCCUUCGCCAAGUGGCGCUGCGUGAUGAAGAUCGGCGACGCCAACCCGUCCAAGCUGGCCAUCGCGGAGAACGCCAACGUCCUGGCACGCUACUCCAGCAUCUGCCAGCAGCACGGCCUGGUGCCCGUCGUCGAGCCCGAGCUCCUGCCGGACGGCGAUCACGACCUGAAGCGCUGCCAGUACGUCACGGAGAAGGUGCUGUCGGCCGUCUACCGGGCCAUGUCGGACCACCACGUGUACCUGGAGGGCACGCUGCUCAAACCCAACAUGGUCACGCCGGGCCACGGCUGCAGCAAAAAGUACAGCCCGGAGGACGUCGCCAUGGCGACCCUCACCGCCCUGCGCCGCACGGUUCCCCCGGCGGUGGCGGGCGUGGCCUUCCUCUCGGGCGGCCAGAGCGAGGAGGAGGCGUCCGCGCACCUGAACGCCGUCGUCAACUGCCCCCUGGCCAAACCCUGGACCCUCACCUUCUCCUUCGGCCGCGCCCUGCAGGCCUCGGCGCUGCGGGCCUGGCGCGGACACAAGGAGAACGAGAAGGCCGCCACCGAGCAGUUCGUCAAGAGGGCCGAGGUCAACAGUCUGGCGUGUCGAGGAAAGUACAAGGGCGCCGACAACUACGCCGAUUCUGCGCACGGCGUCUACGGAUCCCGCUACUCGUACUGAAGACGACGGCCCUGACGCCGGGACGCCGUA